AUGGUCAACUUCACCGUCGAGGAGAUCCGUGGGCUCAUGGACAAGCCCACCAACGUCCGUAACAUGUCCGUCAUUGCCCACGUCGAUCACGGAAAGUCCACCCUCACCGACUCCCUUCUCUCCAAGGCCGGUAUCAUCUCCACCGCCAAGGCCGGAGACGCGAGAGCCACGGAUACCCGUGCCGACGAGCAGGAGCGUGGUAUUACCAUCAAGUCUACCGCCAUCUCCCUGUACCACAACGUCGACCCCGACGAUGUCAAGGACAUUGUUGGCCAGAAGACCGACGGCACCGACUUCCUCAUCAACCUGAUCGACUCCCCCGGUCACGUUGAUUUCUCUUCCGAAGUCACUGCUGCUCUCCGUGUCACUGACGGUGCUCUCGUCGUCGUCGACACCGUCGAGGGUGUCUGCGUCCAGACCGAGACUGUCCUGCGUCAGGCCCUCGGUGAGCGCAUCAAGCCCGUCGUCAUCAUCAACAAGGUCGACCGUGCUCUUCUCGAGCUUCAGGUCUCCAAGGAGGACCUUUACCAGUCCUUCUCCCGUACCAUCGAGUCCGUCAACGUCAUCAUCUCCACCUACUUUGACAAGUCGCUCGGUGACGUCCAGGUCUACCCCGACAAGGGUACCAUCGCCUUCGGUUCCGGUCUUCACGGCUGGGCCUUCACCAUCCGCCAGUUCGCCGUCCGCUACGCCAAGAAGUUUGGUGUCGACCGCAACAAGAUGAUGGAGCGUCUCUGGGGCGACAACUACUUCAACCCCCACACCAAGAAGUGGACCAACAAGAGCACCCACGAGGGCAAGCAGCUCGAGCGUGCCUUCAACCAGUUCAUCUUGGACCCCAUCUUCAAGAUCUUCUCCGCCGUCAUGAACUUCAAGAAGGAGGAGGUCGCCACCCUUCUCCAGAAGCUCGACCUCAAGCUCCCCGUUGAGGACCGCGAGAAGGAGGGCAAGCAGCUCCUCAAGGCCGUCAUGCGCACUUUCCUCCCCGCCGCCGACGCCCUUCUCGAGAUGAUGAUUCUCCACCUUCCCUCCCCCGUCACCGCCCAGAAGUACCGUGCCGAGACUCUGUACGAGGGUCCCCCCGACGAUGAGGCCGCCAUUGCCAUCCGCGACUGCGAUGCCAAGGGUCCCCUCAUGCUCUACGUCUCCAAGAUGGUUCCCACCUCCGACAAGGGUCGCUUCUACGCUUUCGGUCGUGUCUUCGCCGGUACCGUCAAGUCCGGUAUCAAGGUCCGCAUCCAGGGCCCCAACUACACCCCCGGCAAGAAGGAGGAUCUCUUCAUCAAGGCUAUCCAGCGUACCGUCCUCAUGAUGGGUGGCAAGGUCGAGGCCAUCGACGACAUGCCUGCCGGUAACAUUGUCGGUCUCGUUGGUAUUGACCAGUUCCUCCUCAAGUCUGGUACCCUCACCACCUCCGACACCGCCCACAACCUCAAGGUCAUGAAGUUCUCCGUCUCCCCCGUCGUCCAGCGCUCCGUCCAGGUCAAGAACGCCCAGGAUCUCCCCAAGCUCGUCGAGGGUCUCAAGCGUCUCUCCAAGUCCGACCCCUGUGUCCUGACCAUGACCUCCGAGUCUGGUGAGCACAUUGUCGCCGGUGCCGGUGAGCUCCACUUGGAGAUUUGCCUGAACGAUCUCAUGAACGACCACGCCGGUGUUCCCCUCAUCAUCUCCGACCCCGUCGUCCAGUACCGUGAGACCGUUGUUGGCAAGUCUAGCAUCACCGCUCUCUCCAAGUCUCCCAACAAGCACAACCGUAUCUACAUGAUCGCUGAGCCCAUCGACGAGGAGCUCUCCAAGGAGAUCGAGGCUGGCAAGAUCAGCCCCCGUGACGAUUUCAAGGCCCGCGCCCGUGUCCUCGCUGACGACUUCGGCUGGGAUGUCACUGACGCCCGUAAGAUCUGGACCUUCGGCCCCGACACCACCGGUGCCAACUUGCUCGUCGACCAGACCAAGGCCGUCCAGUACCUCAACGAAAUCAAGGACUCCGUCGUCUCUGGUUUCCAGUGGGCCACCCGCGAGGGUCCCGUUGCCGAGGAGCCCAUGCGUUCCGUCCGCUGGAACAUCAUGGAUGUCACCCUCCACGCCGAUGCCAUUCACCGUGGUGGUGGCCAGAUCAUCCCCACCUCUCGCCGUGUCCUGUACGCCGCCGCCCUUCUCGCCGAGCCCGCUCUCCUCGAGCCCGUCUUCUUGGUCGAGAUCCAGGUGCCCGAGCAGGCCAUGGGUGGUGUCUACGGUGUCCUUACCCGCAGACGUGGUCACGUCUUCGGUGAGGAGCAGCGCCCCGGUACUCCCCUGUUCACCAUCAAGGCCUACCUGCCCGUCAUGGAGUCCUUCGGCUUCAACAGUGACCUGCGCCAGGCCACCUCCGGACAGGCCUUCCCCCAGUCCGUCUUUGACCACUGGCAGCCCCUGCCCGGUGGCUCUCCUCUGGACGGCACCUCCAAGGUCGGCCAGAUCGUCCAGGAGAUGCGUAAGCGCAAGGGUCUCAAGGUUGAGGUUCCCGGUGUUGAGAACUACUACGACAAGUUGUAA